GAACCGUGAUGUCAGACGCGACCCACAGCGUCGGAGAGGACGAGUUCGACGCCCUCCCCGACGUCUACGCCGGUAUCGACUUCGACAAGAUCGAUGCCCUCUGUGGCCACCCACAGCCUGCAACACCCUCGUCUGAAUACGAGUUCGACGAGCUCGACGAUGCGACGUGGGCCGAGAUCGACGCCGUAGAGGCUCGCGCGCUGCAGAACAUCGACGGAACAAAUACGUCCCCAGCCGAAAGCUAUGUCUCGGAAGGAUUACAUGACAUCUUAGAGCGGGGAUCUAGUGCAGAAGACAGGCCAGGGCCCCGGGAGCGUCCAUGUACGCCUAUCUCCAGACACCACCGAGACGGUAAGUCUGGCUUGAGCCGGCAUGAGGGGGCAAGUCACACACCCCUCUGGAAGGUUGUCUCGUCCCCCUCUGUGCUGUCUCGGAGAAGCCAGUGGCUCGACUUGUGCGACGCCCCUGCUGUCUCAUGUGCAUUCCGCUAAUA